AUGGUUGUUUCCCAUCAACUUACGCUUUGCUUCUUGCUCGUACUAUUCUCAUACGUUUCAUCGCAAAAUUACUAUCAGACACCGUUAACAUGCUAUACAAAAUAUGAACAUGAAGAGACAAGAAAUCAAGCAUCAAGUGAUGUGUUAAGCUAUGCAUAUUCACAAGCUGAAAUGACGCAAUAUGCCACACCCGAAGGCGAACAAUGUGCUACUGUUGGUUGUGCUUGUUUUAGCUAUCGAGCUGCGUGUUCUCAUUCAUCGUAUGACCCAAAUCAUUACUCUCCAUGUACGGACACCGAUCGUCGUAAUGGAAAUGUUAAAUGGCAUCGUGGUUUAACAUCAUUGAGGAAAUGUCAAGAGAUGCGUCAACAUUCUCAAAAGUAUCUCGAUUUAACUUGUUGUGCCACAGAUCGAUGUAAUGAUCAACCGGGAAAAGUUACGAAACUUGUGAAUUCCAAUACGCAAGUUCAACGCUAUGACGAUGCUGCUUAUCGAAAUACCGCAUAUGCCAAGAGUCCGAGUGAAUUGAAUGAUCAAACAUUACAAAAACAUAACUCACUUUCAUCUAUCUCUUUUUCAACUUUCAUAAUCUGCGUUGCUCUCAUUUUUUCCCGUUUGAUUACGAUCUAA